AUGAAUGAGCGGUUUGACAGGGAGGAUCAAUUUGGAAUCAAGAAGGGAUCGCAGAGCCAUACAAGCUCGAUUCCAACAGGCUGCCGGGAGGAGCACAAGAGAGUUGUGUGUGUGCCACAUCCAACUAUUCCAGGAAAGGCAAUAAGGUAUCGGAUAUGCUACACAAAGAAUGGAGACGUUGGAGAGGCAGACGCCUUGAGGAUCGAGGUAUCGUAUGGGCUUGAGAAUCUGGCAAGUUGGAUCAGAAAGAUCCUGGAGUUCCACAAAUUCAAAAGACUGCUGGUCUAUGUGAAGUACGGAGAUCUUCUGAAGCUCAGCGAUGAAGUGGAAAGGAUUGGUAAAGAUCUAUUUACAUACAAUUACAAGUUUAAGUUCAGUUUUAUUCCUGAUAACUAUGAAGAUUCAGAGUAUGUGCUGCUAUAUGAGAUAGAAGGCAUAAAGAAAGGAGAGCAUUAUGGAUGA